CACUCGGCAUAGAGAAGGGACCCGCAGAGUGACGGGAACUGGGCUGCUGUGGAAAUUAAAUUAAAACGGAGGAAAACGCUGCCGGAGGCGGACACACAGCGCUGAAAACAGGCGGUGGAUGGAAGAAGAUGCUCUCCAUUCUCCUCCUGGAUCUCCUAAACUCGCAUCAUUAGCUUCCUGUAGAGUUUUCCCAGACAAACACUUCUCCAGCCACAACAAACUUAUUGACACUACUAUUUGCUGCUAGCGUUACUGAAAUCAUGGCCAACAUGUGCCCUUACGGCCGCUUCACCCACGCCGUGGUGCGAGGCAUCCCGGAGACCUUUGGGAAGCCGGCGGCGGACGGACGCGAGAACGGGGAGGCCUCCGUGGAACUGGCCAAAGCUCAGCGUCAGUUCGGCUGCCUGACCGGAGCGCUGAGGCAGAAGGUGGGCCUCCAGCUGAUCGAGAUCCCCCCCGACCCCGAGCUGCCGGAGAGCUGGAGGAUAGAGGACAUGGCCGUGAUCCAGGGGGACACGGCGCUCAUCACCAGACCCUUCAAACAGCAGAGACGCAGCGAGGUGGAGGCGGUGAGGAGGGUGAUGUCGGAGCUCAACCUCACCGUGGUGGAGAUGGGGGGUGAGGAGGGGGACUCCGGAGGGGCCACGCUGGAGGGCAGCGACGUCCUCUUCACGGGGAGGGAGUUCUUCGUCGGCAUCUCGCCCCACACCAACCGCAGAGGAGCCGAGGUGCUCGCUGACACUUUCAGGGACUUCGCCGUGUCCACCGUUCCCGUCUGCGGAGGAGCCCGACUGAAGAACAUCUGCUCCAUGGGAGGUCCAGACACGAUCAUUAUCAGCAACAGCGACGGAGCCAAGAAGACGCUCCGGAUGAUGGAACAGCUGACUGAUCACCACUAUGAAGUGCUCAGUGUCCCGGAGGAAUCGGCCGCAAACUGCAUCUACAUCAAAGGUCCGUCUAAGCGAGACUUCCUGCUGCACAGGCCUGCAGAGGAAUGUCCUGACAGCGCUUCAGCCUUCCAGAAGCUGCCGGACUACACCCUGCUGCCAACGGCCUGCAGCGAGGCCUCCAAGCUCGGAGCGUCGCUGUCCUCCCUCUGCCUCCUCAUCAACAGGAAGCACACGUAUUUCUGAGCAGCGGUGAGGCCUCGAACACUUACCAGUACAGUUGAGUAUUUAUUGCUAGAAGAGACGCUGACAGAGAUCCUUUGAUUCUCGGCACAGCAGCGCCCCCUGCUGCACCCACAGUUUCCUCAUGAAACCACUAAUCCAGCUGUAGCUUCACUGGUUUAAUCGACCACUGAGAUAAAUAAAUCACAUUUUAUGCUGAUGCCAACCAAAGUGUAAUGUAAAAAAUGCAGUUUGGAAUUUUAAAUAACCCUUUUUUGUACUUAUCAGUGUGAUAAUUUUAAGCAAAAUUAAUUCAUUUUAGACCUAGAAAGUAGCACAAAAUUGAACCAGUGUCCACCUAAUCUGCAAACCUGCUAUUGUGACUGAUUUUACAGCUAAUAACAGAACAUUUAAAGCUCAUUAAUGCUGAAUUCAGACCUGCAGACCUUUCAUUUAUAUCCCAUAAUGCAACAUGUUCGUAUUCAUUUCAGUACUGAAGUAUUUGAAAUGUUCAUUUAGUGACAAGUAAAGGACAUCUAGCUGUUAAGGUAGUAUUUGUAGGAACUGUAGAUAAAAUUCAGCUGACUUUUGAUCGUAUUUGUGUUGCUCCUGUGUAAUAUCCUCAGCUGCCAGUUUAUUAGGAACACCAGGGUAAAACUAAAGCAGAUUGUAGUGUUGAAGCUGCAGCUUUUAGUGCUUGAACUACAUUUUUACAGUGUUUAUUCCAAUGAAGCGCCACAAACUGUCAUUAAACUGCAUUUGUUUUAUCUUGGUGUAACAUAGCCAUUUCAGAAACCAAAAUGUGUGUGAAAUUCUAUUAAAAAAUGCUCCAACAGCCA